GUCCCCGACGAGCCCCGAACCAGGGCGACGGAUCAGUGACGUGUGGAGGUGAUCAACGUCGUCGGGUGCUGGCCGACGACAUCAUGUCUCUUGCUCCGGCGGCCGCAACCUGCCUCGCGAAAAUCGCCACCCGCGUAUAAUAAAGGGCCGCGAAUUAACCCCGUCAACACUACGCUUGCCGUACCCCGCGGCAUCCGCAGACCAGGUCGUCCGGAACUCGCCGCGUCCCGUUAUCAGUGAUCGAGAGAGACACCGUAGAAGCUCCGCGGAUUCCGCGGGCCAGAUUACGCGCGCCAGAUCCGGACCGAAGUCUAGUUCCUUACCGACGAGGCACCGCAGGGCGGAGUUUCGCCUCGCGGUAGCUGCUCCUGUCCCUUUGCCCUGCUGCAGGCGGCCCCCAGUUGCUUCACCGUGUGCACGUAAUAUAAGCUGUGAGAGCGCGCGCAAUGCCGGGGCUUUAGCCUUCCUUACACCCUGCAGCGCAGGGGUGCGCGGACACGCGUGAUUUCGUCGUUCCGUCGUCUCGUUUCGCCUUCUUCGAAACUCUGACUCUCUCUCUCUUUCUCUCUCUUUCUCUCUCUCUCUCUUUCUUUCUCUCUCUUUCUCUCUCUUUCUCUCUGCGUAAGACACACGCACACGCAGGUAUUCCUGCUGCACAAGCUCGCGUCUGCACGUAGGAACGGUUAUAGUGCAGGUAUAUAUUGUAGUAUUAUGCUGUUUUUCGCCGACUAACUCGACACCUCGAUUAUACCCUCGGGAAAGUGGCGCGUUAUCAACACCGAGGAGGGCCGACGGGCCCGAUGUCCUGAUCACCGAAAUUUUGCCGAUGAAGAUUCACUGCCUUCACUUUUCAAUGGGCGUGCGGGGGUGACUGGAGUGAUGGGAUGGGGCCAGAGCCCCAUGGAGUUCGGGUAGACCCGUCUCCGGCCCAGCUCCCCAGCCUCCUCCGCAGUCGUUGUCUUCACUGGCCCUACUCGCGACGCAGAGGGCCGCCUCGAACGCGAUGGAGGCCGCCGCUGCACACCAACAGAAGGAGAAGGACCCGUACGUUCACAGGCCGUGUGCCUUUGACAAGAUGGAGGGGCUGGUGCGGGAGAUGCAGGACCCUGAGAACGGGGUCCCCGUGCGCAGCCAGAAGCAAUUCCUCACGUCAAUCCCGUCGGCGUUCAUGGGUGAGUGUCGCCGUUACCUUCGCCGAGGCGUUAGCGUAACCGGCCAACAGAGCCAGGACACUACAGGAUGCCUGCGUGUUGCAGGUUACGACCUCGUCGAGUGGCUGAUGGAGCGGCUUGCCAUUGAAGAAUCAGUAGAGGCGGUCCAUAUUGCUAAUCAACUUUGCCAGUACGGUUACUUCUUCCCGGUGAACGACUCCAAGACUCUGACUGUUAAGGAUGACAGCUCUCUGUAUAGGUUUCAGACUCCAUACUACUGGCCAUGGCAGCAUAGAACACCCGAUAACGUCGAGUACGCGAUUUACCUUGCAAAACGAACCCGAAGAAACAAGCAACGGCACGCACUCGAGGACUACGAAAUUGAGGCACUGAACAGUCUACGAAGGAAUUUACAAAAUAAAUGGGACUUGAUACAGCAGCAGGCAGAAGAACAGGUUCGACUGUCGAAGGAGAGGAAGAAGGGUGACAAGAUAGUCAGCGACUCGCAGGAAAGAGCUUUCUGGAGGGUUUACCGACCGCCACCUGGAUGCCUCAGCAGCCUUGAGGUUGUCCCUGUGCCGACACGCGGUCGUCCCGGUGCUCCGCGUCCACCGCCCCGGAAACGAACGCUUGCCGAUUUGCAGCGCGAGGUGGAGCUGCUCCGAAACAGCUUGACGCGAACGAGGAUCAAGAUGUCAACCGCCAUCGAAAACCUCAAGAACCAUUUCGAAACGUACACGGAGUACGACCCGAUGAUCGUUCAGCCGCAGCCUUCGAAUCCAUGGAUCACCGACGACCAAAUUUUCUGGCAACUGAACAGCCCACUAGUCGAAGUACCGACGGAAAAACGAGUUAAAAGAUGGGCUCUGUCAAUGGAGGAAGUCAUGUCCGAUCCAACCGGGUUGCUGGAAUUCACGAAUUAUCUGAGGAAGGAAUACAGUCAUGAAAACAUAAGAUUCUGGAUGGCCGUGAAGGACCUGAGACGGAGUUUUCAGGCCCAAAUACCCGUCAAAGUCAACGAAAUUUACGAGGAAUUCCUUGCCGCCGGAGCACCGUGCGAGAUAAACAUCGACGGUAAGACGAUGGAGAAGGUACAGCAGGAGAUGAAGAACCCGACGAGAUUCACGUUCGACGCUGCCGCGGAACACGUGUACACUCUUCUUCUAAAAAAAGACUGCUACCCCAGGUUCAUCCGGUCCGAGCACUAUCGGCAGCUUCUGGCCGCCGGAGUACAACCUCUGCAAAAGAAAAGGUUCUUCGGGUUCGGCGGUCAGGCAAAGAAGAAGGCUUCCUCGACUUCGGUUCCGACUUCCGGAAGCCUUCAGCAGCACCAACAGCAGCAGACCAGCGGCGGCGGGGCGGCUGGAACCGGAAGAAGACGUGGAAGCGAUCGGAGUCUUUCCGGCUCGGCUCACGAGCUGGCGAUUUGCGGGAUCAGGGACAUCGCGACUGCUCCUCGCGUACCGCAUUCCCACAGCCAGUCCAAUCUCACCGACAUACCGUACAGGGGAGAUCUGGCUUGUCUCGUAAAAAUCCCAGCCAGGCCUAACCCAGAUGAUUUUCAGGAUGCUGGCGUGUCGGGAUCGGCGGCGGUGGUUCGCCCUACAGACGACGUUUGCCCGUGGGACGCGGCCCCGGGUCCAGUUCCGGGCCCGAGCUCCGAGCGUCCCGGCGAUCCGGGAGGGGGGUCGUCAGCGUCGGUUGGGACCGCCGCCGGCGGCGGUGAGGCCCUAACCGAGGCCCGAGGGGCCUCGCGGAAGAACUCGUCGCAGUUCGACUCGGGCAGCUCAUCUUCGGACGUUAGCGUUGCGGUCGCGGAGGCGGCCGAACGUCUGCGCCGGUCCUGCACGUUGCAGCAGCAACAGCAGCAGCAGCAGCAGCAGCAGCAGGUUGCCGGGUGUCCACGAGGUUCUCGAGGGGCCAGUGUGACCUUCGCCGAUACGAGUCGAGCCUCGGUCUCAUCCUCGAACGAGUACUUCUCACCCCAGCGAUCCUUCGACCUCUCACAUUCGGCCGCAGCACCGCAGCUCGAGGAGACGACGGAGACGCCGAUCGGGGUCGUUGAUACUUCAGAGGGUUCGAUCAACCCUCGCGGUGGGGUUCCGGCGAUGGCGCCGGUGAUAAGCAUCAGUUCGAUAGUCGGCGAGAUUCUCGCCGAGGAAACGCAGGGCGCCGUGAAUAUUGACUGCAAGGAUAUUCGGGAGGAGAAUUCGACGGUCGAGGAUGACGUCGUCGUUGAGGAUGAUCGCGAGGAUCGCGAGGAUCGCGAGGAGGGAAACGAAUCGCGAAACAACGCGGCCACACCCCACGUCAGGAUCGAAAUCGACGGCGAGGAACUCGCCGAAGACGCUCAGGUUGUUCCUGUCUGGGAACCGGACACUCAGACACAGGAAUCUACUCGAGCUAUACCCACACCCAUGGAGCAGCAGGACAAUAAUGAUAACGAAGUUUGCCCGUGGGAAGACGAAGAAAAUUGUCGAGUGGAUGCUACCUACGUUAAAACCUACUCGACAUUGGGCUAUCUUUAAAUCUCUGGCAUUCGUAACUAUAUCUUCUGUAUUAAUAUAUAUAUAUAUAUAUAUAUAUGUAUAUAUAUAUACACAAUAUACAUACAUGUGUAUAUUAAUAUAUGAAUACAUGACAUACAUUAUUGAAUAGUUAUAAAUCUUCGGCGGACAUGCCGAAUUUGACGCGUUCGCUAUAUUAUUGAAACUACAUAAAAUAUUAUAGUAUAGUUAUUUAACACACACACACACACACAAACACAAAAACACAUACCAGUCGUACAUCAUCUGUGAUGUAUACCUGGUGUAUCUUUUAAACCACAUCGAGAAGCUCAAGUGCCCACGUUAUACGAUGUGCACGGAACGUAUUUCUCCCUUCCUCCCUCCCUAAUUGCAUCGUUUUUUAUUUCAUUUCAAUGAUUUUUCAUCAACUUUACAUCAUUAUCAAUUUCGUACACGCACCUAUACUCGGUUGACGUCGGUGAAAAUUCGUGAGAUCGAUUUUUCUUCGCGGAGUAUGAAUAAACGAAAAGAGAAAAGAAACUGAAGAAGUCGGUAAAAUAAUGCCAAGGCCGCAUGUAAUUUGUAAUAUAAUCAUGACGGAGACAUGGUGAAAAUUCUUUUGUGUAUUACUCCCCUUGAAAUCACUAAUACCUGUAUUUUUAUUAUUAUUAUUAUUAUUAUUUAUAUUAUUUAUAUAUAUAUAUAUAUAUAUAUAUGUAUAUGUAUACACGCAUACGUUUGUGAAAUUUCUUCUUAAUCUCGCAAGUUCGAAUUUAUACAAUAAUGAUGAUAUUUUGAGAACAGCUGCGAUUACAUAACGUACGUAAAUUAUAAUGCUAUACGAUUGCGGAGUUAAAAUCUUCGUUUCCCCCGUUACAAUAUAACUUGCAAUUGAUUCAUCGUAAUAUUUUAUAAGCACACGUUUCUUAUCAUUGUGUAUGAUACACAAAGCGAUUUACUUGUCGCAAAAUACGAUUAUUAUACAAAUUAUACAUAAGUAUAUGACGACUAUCGUUGCAGUAUGUAUUAGUAGUAGAAAUAAGCUAAUCGUUAUAAUCGUGUACAAUUAAGAGGUGAAAAAAAAAUAACAAUACUUCGUCGCCUAUAACGUAUACCGUGUAUUCGAUACUUAUAACACACAGUACGUACGAAAAGUAUGGGAAAAAUUAAAAAAAAAAAGGAAAAAGGAAAAAAAAACGGGAGACGAACCCGACGAAAAGAAAAAAUCCCGCGGUAAUAAUUCCAUUACGGUUUUUUUUUUUUUUUUUAUUAUUUCUCCCGCUUUUUUCGUAUCUGAGGUAUAUGAUAAUUAAGUCACACGCAAAACGCACACGCGUAUCUUUCGUAUCGAAAAUUUGAAAAAUUGGAUCGACGCGAGACUUUGAUCGAUAAGUGUGAAAUAUCGAUUACUAUACGCACACACACAUAUAUAUAUUGUAUAUAUAUAUAUAUAUAUGUAUGCGAUUGCAAUACGCGAUAUAACGUAGUAUGCAUAGGAAGGCGUUUGCACAAUUUUUUGUCCCAAAGAAAAGGGUAGAAGUUAAGACGAUGUGAAAAUUUCUACGUUGAUAGAACGAGAAUAAUAAAAUUCUACCAACAAUCGUGCGUUUAGAAGCCCUUUUGAGAAUUCUAUUUAGACGACGCGCGUUAUUUCUCUGCAUGUUAUAUAUGUGUAUAAAUAUAUAUGUAUAUACACAUAUAAUUAAAGUUUCCCACCGCAGGGCUAAAUAUCUAAUUAUAAAACUAUAUAAUAUUAUAUAAACAUGUAUGUAUAUAUAUGUAUAUAUAUAGAUAUGUGUGUGUAUAUAUAUAUACACGUAUAUAAACACAUUUGUUCCAUGUAAACGUAACAACUACACGCUUUCGAACUUGAAUGUUAAUUGUUUUUUAAACAUUAUUAUUGCGAAGGUGCGCUCCGUGGGUGCCUGUCAAUUUUGAGCCCUAUGACCUCCCCUUCGGAUCGCGCGAUUCCCUACUUUUCCCUCUUGGUAAAAUUUAAGAAAUACGCUGAAAACGCACGCGCGUUUAUCAUAUAAUUUCAUUACGCGUAUCGGCAUGAGUUUAUUAAUAUUAAAUUAAACACGUUAAAUUUUAUAUUCACAUUGACUUCAGUCUGUUGUCUCAGCUGCUCGUCGAAAAAUUCUUUAUCGUCUAUUAUUAUUAUUCUUAUUACUAUUAUUAAGAUUAUCGAAUUAAUGUCUAAGUCUUUUUUCCUUUUCGUUGUAAUUAAUCGAGUUAUUUUAUUUGUUUUUUUUUUUCGUUUCUCGUACAUUUUCAACACGCGUUUCGUGCGAAUUCGCGAACGACGAAAAUCGAACGCGACAUCUGGUGCCGAUAUUACACAUGCCGCAUAGAAGUAUAAUUAUCAUAUUUAACUGAAAUUCCGUAUUAUAGACAUAUGUACUUGUAUACUUGUAACACGAUCGUUACAUUAUAAUGCUGAAAUCAACGCAUUCGUUGCAACAAUACACGAAACUUCGGCCUACGUUUAUUAUAUUAUACUUAUUGUUAGAUGAGAAUAUAAUGUAUGAUUAAAUACGUUAAUUUCCGAAUUGCCAUUAUUAUUUAUUGUCGAUACUGUUGUUACCAUGUUUUUUUUUUUUUUUUCUGUCACCGUUACGCUUAUUGCACCCUAACUUAUUAUAUCGCAUACCGUUAUACCUAUUCUACGCCUAUUACCUACACCUGUAUCACACGAUCUUACAUAUAUAUGCAUGUGUCUUCGGGUAGAUAAUUCGUUAUAUCAUAUCUAACCAAACUAUGACUCAUUAAUUGCUAAAACUAUACUACAAUGAAAAUCGUAUGUUAUACAUUAUAUUAUGCAAUGUAUCUGAAAUUGUAUAACGUAUUACCUGUGUAAUACCUGAGAUAAACAA